AUGGAGCUGCUGGGAGGAGAGUUUGGAGACAUGACUCCUCAGGAGCUGGCGGCUCCUGUCAACACCGUGGCGGAAAAGUGGAAAUUGCUACCAGCCUUCCUGAAGGUGAAAGGAUUGGUGAAGCAACACAUCGACUCGUUCAACUACUUCAUCAAUGUUGAGAUUAAGAAAAUCAUGAAAGCGAAUGAGAAAAUAACCAGCGAUGCUGAUCCAAUGUGGUACCUGAAGUACCUGAACAUCUACGUUGGGAUGCCUGAUGUCGAGGAGAGCUUCAACGUAACCAGACCUGUUUCUCCUCAUGAGUGUCGCCUCAGAGACAUGACCUACUCGGCACCAAUCACGGUGGACAUCGAGUACACUCGCGGCAGCCAGAGGAUCAUCCGAAACGCUCUUCCGAUUGGAAGGAUGCCAAUCAUGCUGCGAAGCUCCAACUGCGUCCUCACGGGAAAGACGCCUAUGGAGUUCUCUAAGCUCAACGAGUGUCCUUUGGAUCCAGGAGGUUAUUUCAUUGUAAAAGGCCAGGAGAAAGUCAUCUUGAUUCAGGAGCAGCUGUCCAAGAAUCGGAUCAUUGUGGAGCAAGACAGGAAGGGAGCAGUAGGAGCCUCAGUCACCAGCUCCACUCAUGAGAAGAAAAGCAGAACCAACAUGAUUGUGAAGCAAGGUCGCUUCUACCUGAGACACAACACGCUGUCUGAAGACGCUCCUAUCGCCAUAAUAUUCAAGGGCAUGGGUGUAGAGAGUGACCAGGAGAUAGUUCAGAUGAUCGGCACAGAGGAGCACGUCAUGGCCAGCUUCGCUCCGAGCCUGGAGGAGUGUCAGAAAGCUCAGAUCUUCACACAGACUCAGGCUCUGAGGUUUCUUGGGAAUAAAGUCCGGCGGCAACGGAUGUGGGGAGGCCCCAAGAAGACCAAGAUGGAGGAGGCCAGAGAGCUGCUCGCCUCUCUCAUCCUCACUCAUGUCCCUGUGAAAGAGUUUAACUUUCGGGCUAAAUGCAUUUACCUGGCUGUGAUGGUCCGGAGGGUGAUCCUGGCUCAAGGCGACAACAAAGUGGACGACAGAGAUUAUUAUGGGAACAAGCGUCUGGAGUUGGCUGGACAGCUGCUGUCUCUGUUGUUUGAGGAUCUGUUUAAAAAGUUUAAUGCCGAACUGAAGAAGAUCGCCGACCAGAUCAUCCCCAAGCAGCGAGCCGCUCAGUUUGACGUGGUCAAACACAUGAGGCAGGAUCAGAUCACCAACGGCAUGGUGAACGCCAUCUCCACAGGGAACUGGUCUCUGAAGAGGUUCAAGAUGGACCGUCAGGGUGUCACCCAGGUUCUGUCCCGUCUCUCCUACAUUUCGGCUCUGGGGAUGAUGACCAGGAUCUCCUCCCAGUUCGAGAAGACCAGGAAGGUCAGCGGGCCUCGUUCUCUGCAGCCGUCCCAGUGGGGAAUGCUGUGUCCGUCCGACACUCCUGAGGGAGAGGCCUGCGGUCUGGUCAAGAACCUGGCUCUGAUGACACACAUCACCACAGACAUGGAAGACGGGCCCAUCAUCAAACUGGCCUUCAACCUCGGCGUGGAGGACGUCAACCUGCUGUGCGGGGAGGAGCUCUCCUACCCGAGCGUCUUCCUCGUUUUCCUCAACGGUAACAUUCUGGGCGUCAUCAGAGACCAUCGGAAACUAGUCAACACCUUCAGACUGAUGCGCAGGGCGGGUUUCAUCAACGAAUUUGUGUCCAUCUCCACCAACAUGACCGACCGCUGCGUCUACAUCUCGUCUGACGGAGGACGACUCUGCAGACCGUACAUCAUUGUGAAGAAGGGACAGCCGAUGGUAAAUAACAAACACAUUGAGGAUCUGUCUCAGGGCUACAGAACGUUUGAGGACUUUCUGCACGAAGGCCUUGUGGAGUACCUGGAUGUGAACGAGGAGAACGACUGUCAGAUCUCCCUUUAUGAGCACCUGAUCAGCAAAGAGACGACACACUUGGAGAUCGAGCCCUUCACGUUGCUCGGAGUGUGUGCGGGUCUCAUUCCCUACCCCCACCACAACCAGUCGCCCAGGAACACAUACCAGUGCGCUAUGGGCAAGCAGGCCAUGGGAACUAUUGGCUACAACCAGAGGAACCGCAUCGAUACUCUGAUGUACCUGCUGGCCUAUCCUCAGAGGCCAAUGGUCAAAACCAAAACCAUCGAGCUGAUUGACUUUGAGAAGCUGCCGGCGGGUCAGAACGCCACCGUGGCCGUGAUGAGUUACAGCGGCUAUGAUAUCGAGGACGCUCUGGUCCUCAACAAAGCCUCGCUGGACAGAGGAUUUGGUCGCUGCCUUGUCUACAAAAACACAAAGUGCAUUCUGAGGCGUUACACCAACCAGACCUUUGACAAGGUGAUGGGGCCCAUGCUGGACGCUGCUACCCGUAAACCAAUAUGGAGGCACAACAUCCUGGACGCUGACGGCAUCUGUUCCCCCGGUGAGAGGGUGGAGAACAAGCAGGUGCUGGUGAACAAAUCAAUGCCAACCGUCACUCAGACGCCACUGGAGGGCAGCGCCCAGCCAGGUCAGCCGCAGUACCGAGACGUUCCCAUCAGCUAUAAGGGCUCAACAGACUCGUACAUCGAGAAGGUCAUGAUCUCGUCCAACGCUGAAGAAGCCUUCCUCAUCAAGAUCCUCCUGAGGCAGACGAGGAGACCAGAGAUAGGAGAUAAAUUCAGCAGUCGACACGGGCAGAAAGGUGUGUGUGGCCUCAUCGUCCCUCAGGAGGACAUGCCGUUCUGUGACACUGGGAUCUGUCCAGAUAUCAUCAUGAAUCCCCACGGAUAUCCGUCCAGAAUGACGGUUGGAAAGUUGAUAGAGCUGCUUGCUGGGAAGGCGGGGGUCCUGGACGGACGGUUUCACUACGGGACGGCCUUUGGAGGCAGCAAAGUGAAGGAUGUGUGUGAGGAUCUGAUCCGAUAUGGAUACAACUACCAGGGCAAGGACUACGUCACCUCAGGAAUCACCGGAGAACCUCUGGAGGCGUACAUCUACUUCGGACCGGUCUACUACCAGAAGCUGAAGCACAUGGUUCUGGACAAGAUGCAUGCCAGAGCUCGAGGGCCCAGAGCUGUUCUCACCAGGCAGCCAACCGAGGGUCGCUCCAGGGACGGAGGUCUGCGAUUGGGAGAGAUGGAGCGUGAUUGCUUGAUUGGCUACGGAGCGAGCAUGUUGCUGCUGGAGCGUCUGAUGAUCUCCAGCGACGCCUUCGAGGUGGACGUGUGCGGACAGUGUGGCCUGCUGGGAUACUCUGGCUGGUGUCACUACUGUAAGUCUUCCUGCCAUGUUUCGUCGCUGAGGAUCCCGUACGCCUGCAAGCUGCUGUUCCAGGAGCUGCAGUCCAUGAACAUCAUCCCUCGCCUCAAGCUGUCGCGCUACAACGAGUGAGCGGAGGCAGGGACAGAAGCGCAGGCAGAGUGAGUGAAAGCUGCAGCUGGAGUAGAUUUGAUGAGGGAAAAGAGACAGACUGUUUCUGUUAAAGUUUAAGAGCUUCAAAUGUACAGUUUGGAGGUUUUCAUUUAUGUUAAUGCCUCAAUAUUUGUGUGGUUUGUGUACAUAAUAAAUGCAAAAACAAAUGUUUCUCAGUCA